CUACAACACCGAGCUGUCCCAUCAUGGCUGAACUACGGCGGAGAUGGCCGCUGACGCGUAAAUCGCCUGAUCUUGAAGUCUCUCUUUCCAUCGCGCGAGUGUGUCUUUCUAGCAGCUGUACUUCUGCACCUCCUACCGAGCUCGACCCAAAGCAACGCGACAAGGAGUGACGACAUGGCCAACAUCACAUCAGCCGUCUCGCAGGAUGAUCUGGAGAUUCCGCUCAUCGACUUCUCGGUGUUCCUCUCAGGCGACGCCAAUGCGAAGAAGCAAACCGCCGACGCCGUCCUCAAAGGCUUCCAGAACGCCGGCUUCAUCUACCUAAAGAACCACGGCAUAUCCCCCUCGACCGUAUCGACCGUCUUCUCACACUCCGCCAAAUUCUUCGCCCGGCCAAAAGAGCAAAAAGACAAGUUGGCAUGGUACUCGGCAGCCGCCAACCGCGGCUAUGUCACACAAGGGCGGGAGAAGCUGGUAGUAUUGGAAGAAACGGGCACAGAAGCGGAGAUGCGCGCCUUGGUGCCAGAUCUGAAGGAGAGCAUGGAGAUCGGACGCGACGACCAGCCUGAGAUGCCAAACAUGUGGCCGAGUGGGGACGACGAGGCGAAGCAGUUCAAGGAGCAGAUGAUGGGCUUCUUCGAGACAUGCAAGGACCUUCACAUGCAGGUCAUGCGUGCUAUUGCGCUGGGCAUGGGCAUCGAUGAGAAGUGGUUCGAUGGCUUCACGGAUGCGGGCGACAACACGCUGAGGUUGCUGCACUACCCGGGCGUGUCGAAGAGCAUAUUCAAGAGGAACGAUGGACAAGAGCAGGUGCGCGCAGGAGAGCAUAGCGAUUACGGCUCUAUAACGCUCCUCUUCCAAGACGCCCGUGGCGGUCUUCAGGUCCGCUCCCCGAAGGGCACUUUCGUCAACGCUACCCCUAUCGAAGACACUAUUGUCGUCAACGCCGGCGAUCUGUUAGCCCGCUGGUCAAACGACACGAUCAAGUCAACAAAGCACCGCGUCAUGGAGCCACCGCCAAAGCCGGAGGAUGCUGACAAGGAUGAAUACCCACCACGAUACUCGAUAGCCUACUUCUGCAACCCGAAUUACGAUCGCAAGAUUGAGGCUAUACCAGGCACAUAUGAGAAGGGCAGGAAUUACGAAGAUGUCAUGAGUGGGGAUUAUAUCAUUGGACGGUUAACAGCGACGUAUUGAGGUUCGGAGCAAUGUCAUGAGUUCGGUAUGUACUGAAAUACUACUUGAAGACUGCCGUGUGGUUGCAACUUCCUACAUGCAUUCAGAGAACAUGCUCGGAUUACUCUAGAUGAUUUAUCUUGGUUUGAGCGUUCAAAGCUCAUCAAGCCUGUCUAUCCCAGUCUCAUUACAUCAUGUAUAGUGUCAGCACCUUCUAUAUCGCGUCAGCUGCAUUACAUCCUCUUAUGACGCACCUAGCACAACACCAGUCUGAAGCAUCAGACUAUCAACACCACCCUCUACCACGUCUAGCGGCGCAACAAGCGCCAUUUGACUCCAGCUAAACAGCGUAUUCCGGCCCCCAAAUACGAACACUUCAAACCGGCCCGCGAAUGUAUCAUUCACCCAGACGCGACUACCGCUAAUUAUGUCGGUCUCAAUGC